CUACCGCUUACAAAGCGUUCUCCCCAACAUGCUCCGAAUACUAUUAGUAUCAAUAGGAGAGAUCAUAUUACAGACGGCUCGGUUUACAAGUCAAUAAGGCUAGAUUUGGCUUUAACUAGUAUUACAUAUGUUCACACAGCCCAUAGUGUAGAUUGUUUAGUGGAGAAUAAACACAAAUUAAUUUCUAUUUGAUAAAAUGUCAGAAAAAACGGACGAUUGUAAAACAUCGGAAUCUUACACAAGUGAUCACGUUCAAAUCAAAGAGGAACCGAAAGACACGGAUAUCAAAGAUUAUGCUGAAAAUACUAUGAAUGAACUUCUUGGUUUGUAUGGCUAUGACAAAGUAAACAGCACAGAUACAGAACAACUAAAUCUCGAGCGGUACACAUCAGAGAACGACGGAGCUGUAUCUCCUAUCGACGACCUCAGUAGAGAUAGCUUUGACAGUGAUGACAACUUAUCAGAAAAUAGCGAGAUCUCAAGAUUAAGUAGAAGCGAUAGCCAGAACAGUCUUGCAGCACAACACAGAAAUCUAGUCACAGCAUUGACAAAGAAACACAGACUUACAGGUGCACCUGAAGGAACAUUACCAGCUGAGAAAAUUGUUUGCGCUUGGUGCCAGAAAAGUGGUCCUAAGUUAUUUACUCUGAAAACCUCAUCGGGAUCAAAAGCUUUCUGUAGUGAAGUGUGCUUUACCCAAUGUCGACGUGCCUCCUUUAAAAAGAACAAGGUGUGCGACUGGUGUAAACACGUUCGCCACACAGUCAACUAUGUAGAUUUUCAAGACGGUGAACAACAACUUCAGUUCUGUAGUGCAAAGUGUUUGAAUCAGUACAAAAUGAGCAUUUUCUGUAAAGAAACUCAAGAACAUCUAAAGCAGAUUCGAUCUCCGCCGGAAGUGAAGAAACCCAAAACUAAUAAUGAUGAACAAAUUUUAAUAACGCCGGAUCUGUGGCUUAAAGAAGGCAAAUCAGAAGUAACUGAUAAGGAAGACAAAUCAGUGUCAAAUGAAAAAGAAUUAGAUUUAAAGCAUAGAAUACCAAAAAUUGACAAGAUAGAGAACGAUGUUUCCUCUCGUGAAAAACACAUCUCACUGACAAAGUCUCAUCCGGAGAGAAUGUCACGUGAUAAACAUAGACGUUCAACUCCAAAAGAUAGUAAAGCCUCAACACCUGUUUCAAAUGGACUACAAGAACCAGCAAACAGUACUACGUCACAAAGACUGACACCUGUACCACAGGGUAAUAUGCCAGCUUUGUCGCAAAUGUUACCACCUCAAUUAUGGAAUAUGUUUGCUCCAAGUAUGCCUCAAAUGGGUGGAAUGCCACCUUGGUUCUACCCGGGAUUUAUGCCUCCCAUGACUGGCUUCAUGCCACCCGGUUUUCCGAUGGAUGGGAUGCAGAGAUAUUUAAGUGAAGCUGGUUUCCCAAAUGCCCAGCAGCCACCUGUUUCGCCAGUUGUAAGUGAAGAUUCGAUAUCGGAAUCAGCUGAAACAAGAAAAAAUGUUACUAAUGGGAAUAGAAAUCAAUCAGUUCAUACUAAUUCAGGAAUUAAAGCGCCAACGUUUAUGGAAAACCACAUGUCUUCAGGCACGGACACAAGUCAUCACGGCAGAUACCCUCAAAUGCAUAACCAUGCACAAAAUAACGGAAAUGGAUUGCCUCCUGUCACUAUGAUUAUGCCGAUGCCCAUUGCGCUUCCGUUUCCUGUUCCAAUUCCUUUGCCUCUUCCGCUGACGAUGGAACAGAUCAUGGAAGUUUUUGGCAAAAAUAAAUCUACAGAAAACAGUUCAAGUUCAAAAAAUCAUCUUAGUGACCAUAAAGGUUCAGAAAAUUUAAAUAUGUCAUCUAGUUCUGACGGACUUGAUUCCUCGAUCUCUUCUUUAAGUAAUAGACAAACAAUAUAUAAAAUGAAAAACGAUAUUAAUGAAAACGAAACGAUACCUGCUGGUCGUGUAUCUUGCAAUUCAUGCAUCACUGAACAAAGCAUAAGUCCAACAUUAGGAUCGGAUAGAUCUUCCCCUGUCUACGACUCACGACUUUCGACAGCAUAUGACUAUUCAUCAAUGCGGAAGCGCGGACUUUCUCCUGACGGAUCGUUGGAUUUAAGUAAAAAAGCAAGAAUACCGAUUGUCACAAACAAUUCGAGUAGUAGUUGUGAUGGUGCGAUAGAUUUGUCAAAAGACAGUCUCUUUGGAAAAAUUAAGCGCGAUUCGGGAAAAGAAAAUCAGGAAUUGAACGAUGCUUCGUCUUUACACAGUGACUCCGAAGUACAAAACGGUGACGGAAAGGAACCAAUGAUUCAUAUAGUCACACCACGUGACGAUCCACCUUUGUCACAACACCUUCCCCUGGCGCCUUCAGAUCACAAAUAUUCUAAUAGACGCGGGUUAAUAUUAGAUAUUCCGUACAAUCCACGUCAUUCACGGAGUCCUUCUCCUGAAAGGAGGCCAUAUUUAGCCAGGGAAUACCGACGGAAGUUACUCGGAAGAAGAAAUGUAAAAUCUACUUAAUCAAAUGCAUAGUUUUUACACUACAUGCUGGUACUUUUAUGCUCGUUUUUCAUUGUACAUAUUCCACAUUUAUUUAAUUUAAAAAAUGUAUGUCAUUUACAGUCAUUCUUUUCUAAAGUAAAGCAAUAGUGAAGUACUUGAAUAGGUCUUAUUAACGGUUUAUGUCAACACAAAACUCUGGAGGCCAAUAUUUAACGUGCGCGUGGUGUAAUGAACUUUGUUUGAUAGUAGAACAGGAUAAACACUUAUUUCAUUUUUAACCAUUUCUCAAUUUAUUCUGAAAUUUACUCAUCUUUACAUUAGAAGUUAUUUUUGAACUUUUCGUAUUAACAAACACCGCUAUGAAAGUUGAAUAUCUGUGUGUGUGUGUGUGGAGAAAGGAAGACACAUAAUUGGAAGAAAGACUUACCAAGAGUUAUGUGUAUAAAACUAUUUUUACCGAUACUGUAUGAUUUUUACACCUACAUGUAACUUUAGUCGACUAAAGUAGUCCUCUGAAAAUUGCUGAAAGAUUGACUUUUAAAGAUAGAUAUUGAAUAACCAAUAUUUUGUCAAUUACUUUAGAUUUUUUAUGUUCUCUGAUGAGGCCCUUUCAUUCUAUACCAGUCACGAAUCUUUCUUAAUAAACAAAAGAUUCCAAUUACAGCACUAACAUUUCUACUUUUAACCAGACACCAGUUGAUCAAA